AUGAAAAAAAAUUACAAAUUACUAGCAUCACUUAAGCUGCAGUCUCUAAUUUAAGCUGCUAUUAAGUCCAUUUUAGAAGAAAAACAAAAAUUAGUAAAAUCGGCUUAUUUUGCCAAAUAAUCUCUCUUUCUUAAUAAAAUAAUAACACAAAAUAUCUGA